AUGAUUCUAAGUUUGAUUUCGUUGGUGCUUAACCAGUGCUUUGCCUUCGCGGCCGGAUUCCCCCGCGAGAAAGCUGUCUAUGUCAAUCUUGUUGUGCUGUCCAUUGAAGUAUUCAUACUUCUUGGAUUCUGCAUAGGUAUUGUCCGUUUCUUCAAUGAUUUUAUGGCUCUGGACAACUGUCCGUCGCUGGCCAUAACUGAAGAGGACAAGCAUUUGAAUGAUGAUAUGGAAGACAGUAUGAAUGAAGAUAUGCAAGACGAUAUGAAUGACGAUGAGCUAGACUGUGAAGAAGACGAAAAAUCGGCUAGUGAAGAUGUCUCUAGUUCAGCUUGUGAAGAGACAUCGCAUUUACCCAGCCAAACGACCCAGAUAUUAUAUGGAAUCAUCUCCACGCUUCAGGAAGAGCUCGAAGAGAAGGUUCGAUUAGCAGACGAACUAAGUAAAAAGGUAGAGGGCCUGACUGAAGAAGGAACGAAGCUGGCACUCAAUAUAACUGAACUGGAACGUCUCAAUCAUGAGAAGGAUAGGCAACUCCUCACAAUGCCAGCAGAAAUGGAAAAGCUCAGAAGCGAGAUAGCACUCAAGACGCAGGAAACGCAGAAGCUAAGAAGAGAGAACGAGGACAAAGACUCCUCCCUCAUCAUUUUGGAAAACACGGUCGCAGUUCUCGACAUGGAAAAGGAGACGUUGCGUCGAGAUCUGCAGCAGAAGGAAAACAGUCUAACCGAAAUGAAAAAUGAACUAGUCAAGAAAAACGAAGAUUUGAAGAAACUGCGAGAAGAUAAUAGAAGGAAGCAGAAUAGCAUUGAAAGUCUGCAGAAGGAAAGCGAGGACCUGAUCUUCCAGAGUAAUGGUUUGGAAAAUCAAUUGCAAGUCCUUACCCUUGAGAAAAAGAUGGCCCAAGGAAAUUUUAAGCAGCUCGAACUAUGCAGGAAAGAAUUAGCUGACAAAAGGAGGGAGUUGGAGGAUGUUAAAGCCCACAACCUCCAGAGGGACAGAGAGAUCCUCCGCCUGGAGAAUGAGCUCUCUGUGAAGCAAAAUGACGUCGUCGUUUUGAUAGAAGGAAUCGAAAGUAUUGUAGCACAAAGGGCCAAUGGAAAGAUCAAUGAAAUGACGAGGAAGGCAGUCCAACUUGAAUUCGAGCUUGCUGAGACCAAGGAGAAACUUGAGACAAUGGAGUUUGAAAAGAUGGAGGCCAUCUUGGAACUUGAAAAACUCCAAGAAGAGGCCUUGGCCCAGGAUACGAAAAUCGGACUCUUGGGCAUGAAAAGGAUUGAUAUGAUUAGCAAAGCAAAGGACACUUUGUAUGAAGAGAAGAAUUUGACCAAAAUGGCGCCGAAAAGACAGCCUGGAUCAGAGAGGAAAGUUGGAAAGGAAAGUUCCCAGGCUAAACCUCGAUGUCUGAUGAAGCCCCAGGUCAACUGCAAAGCCCUCUACCGACAAAUGGACGACAUCGAGGAAGGGAUCCUCCAGAUCAGAGCGUCGCAACGACGUUCAGCUGCCAAAAGGAGACACUCAAAAGACUCGGCUAAUCUUCCUUCAGUGACGAAGCUUAUAAGUAGAGAACAAAUACAUCAAAAGCUGAGGACGAAAUCUGCAGCUAACCUCCGAAGACUGGAGCGAGAUGCUGCAAUGGUAAGAAAUCUCUACAAGGGCAACUACGUCACUUAA